GGAAAAUCUGGGCUUUGAGCUGCUGACUUCACCCUUCCUUCCCGCCUUCAUUUAGCAAUCUGAGCAUGCUUGUUGAUGGAAGUGGCUAUUCAUAAACCCAGAAAAACAUGCCAAAUGGGAAGAGAAUACUGACAAGCCAACUCAGAGACUUCUGGAGGACGACAUGGAGGAGUUUCCGUGGGGCUGGAGUUGGCAGGUUCGGAGGCAGCCGGACCGGGGGGGCUGCAGCCCCGGCCGGGACCCCGCGGGGCAGGUGAGCCGGGGGUGGCUGCGGGGGGCAGCCCGGCCCUCAAGGAGUUACGGAGCACGAUUACUUCAUGUUCCCACCGGCCGCUUUCGGCUGCCCCCCCCGGCCCGUUUCACAAUCCCGGCUCUCGAGCAGCCCUGUCAAGCCGGGCGCGCUCCGUGAGCACACACCCCCCGUGUUCUCAUGCCGGAUUUUCCCAGGCCAUGAAUAAUCUCGAAGCCCCCUCAAUAAAUACACGUUCAGGGAUGCCCGGAGCUCAUUCAACCCGCCAGCCUCGCCGACGAGAAGGGGCCGGGGCCGGAGCCGGAGCAGAGAAGAAGCCGCACCAUGAAGUUUCCCCGGGACUGUGGCUGCGACCGUGCCCGCCCCGGCCGCCGCCGGCCGCCCGCCCUCGGCGCCGCGCUGCUGCUGCCGCUGCUGCCGCUGCUGCUGGUGCUGCUGGUGCCGCGGGCCGCCGCCGCCCCGCUGCCCAACGCAGACUCCUCGGGGGAGGCCGAGCUGGAGGAGGCGGCGGAGCGGCGGGCGGCGCUGCCCGACAGCCUGCGGCUGGCGCGGCUGCUGCACGCCCGGGCGGCACAGCUGCGGGACGAGAUGUGCGAGAAGUUUACCGUCUGCCAGAACAGCAUGGAAAUGCUCCUCCACAACAACCUCAACCUCCCCAAGGUGACGGAGGAAGAUGGGUGUCUGCUCGCCGGCUUUAAUGAGGAUAAAUGCUUGAGGAAAAUCUCCAGUGGGCUUUAUACAUUUCAGACAUACCUCAAAUACAUACAAGAAACUUUUAUUAGUGAAAACCAAAAUGUUGAAUCGCUAUCCUAUAGUACAGAGCACCUGGCACGUACCUUAAGACAGAUGGUGAUCAAUCCCGAAGAAGUGAUCAUCCCAGAUGCAGCUACUCAGGAAUCCCUCCACACAAAGCUGAAGUCCAUUAAGGCCUGGACAGAGAAGAUCACCAUCCAUCUCAUCCUCCGAGAUUUUACUUCAUUUAUGGAGAAGACAGUGAGGGCUGUGCGCUAUCUGAAAAACACCAGGAGUUUCAGUGUUUGAAUGUUUUAGUUCAGGCACAAUCCUUUUGUUACAAAUCUGUCAGGUGGCAGAUAACAGUGUUGUUCUGUUUUAAGAACUAGAAAUAGUAACGAAGGUUUGCAUCUACAUACAUUCCCAUUUCCUUCUAGGAACUUAUUUAUUGUAUUUAAAAUAUUUAUUAGUUUCUAAUAUUUCUUAUUUAUAUUUUCAAUAUUUAGAAAUAAUUUAAAUUAUGUAUUUUAUUUCUUUUCUAAUGGUACUAUUCAGAUACACUUAUUUAAUAUGUAUUCAUAAAAAAAAUUCAGAACCCAGAAAAAUUGUUGUAUAACUUAUGUUUUUAUAUAUUUGAGAGAUGGUAUUUAUGAACCUUUUAUAUUUUUUAGGACAAAUAAAAGCAAAUUUCUAAAAAAAGCUUGUAUAAUCUCUGUGAACUUUAAAUAAGACUAAAGCACUAUAAUAUAUCCAGUUUUUAAUACCUGCAAUUAUCAGAAUAACCACUGUCAAGAACUUCUCUAUAUAAUUAGGCCCGUUCUCUACAUAGCACAUAUGUACACACGUACAGAUAAUUUGGUUACCAUAUAAGUCUUAAAAUGGGAUAUGAAGGAACCAGAUUGCACUGAAAACAGCACUUAAGAAUGAACAAGAUAAAUCAUCAAUGCUCCUAUGAAACAAAUGGACAAGUGCCUUAUAGUUAAUAAGGAGCACCCAAUAAAAUUGUUUGUAAGGAUCUUUUUACAAGUCAAAUAGUCUCUCUUAAACAAGUAAAGUGGUGAGACAAACACAUUAACCACUUUGACAUGAAUACUCUCCUCUGAUUAGUUUUAUUGCUGUCAUCCAGGGGAAUUUUCCAAGUGUGGUAAAACAUUUCUGGCCCCUAACCCAAGAAGUAGAAAAAAAAUGUAGGUUAUUUCCUUAAGCAAUAUAAAUCAACACAUUGCUUCUGAGCAAUGCAGCAACAUGCAUUUGUCUUUUACAAUUUAUAUUUCACUAGUAUGGACAAGCCACAUACCAUGAAUGCAUAUUCUUGAAUACUUGUGUGGAAAAACAACAACCAAACAGAACAGAACAGGACUUAAGCCUGAGUACCAAACCACUGAAACUUUCCUUGGCUGCAUCAUCUGCAGCACUGUAGCUGUGCAGGUACCUCAUAUACCCAAACUCAGAGGAAUUCACUAACCAUACAGGGGAUGCAGGCAGCAGAAGUCCCUCAGGCUUUGUCCCUAAAAAUGGUAGAUUAUUAACUACCCUCACUUUUCCUUCUGGCACAGCAGUGAAGAUGUGCAUGCCUUGGAAUGUGGAUAAGGAUGUCAGCAAACUCUCCUCUUCCUCUGAGUGAUCUGAUUGUCCACAUAUGCAUUCCACCACUGGGGAUGCCAAAACAGUGACCAGUCCACCCACUGCUCACAUCUCAGAUGCUCAAAACAAAACCAAACCACUCCCUUGCCCAAUAUGGUAAAACUGUCAUCUCAAGUUGAGCAACAUCUGGAGAAAGAAUGAGGAGAUCUCAAGGAGAUCUUUAAAGAUGUCUGUGGUAAAUGGGUUUUCUAGCAGCACGUAAGAUCCUACUUUAACUAACUGUCCUGGCACAUGCUCCAGGAAACAUAGGAAAGCCUGGCUUAGCCUUUUCACUGCUUACAUUCACAGGGAUUUUCUUUUAGUGGCCAUUUGUUUAGAGACCUUUCUGGCCUUUAUUAUGCCAAUCACGGCUAUAAGACCCAAAGUGGAUCCCACGCUGGACCUAACUAUUAUGUGAGAAUAGAGAGGGGGGAAAAAAAACCUAACAAAAAAACCCAAACCUGACUAAAAGGAAAGGCAUCUCCUGGUUUCACUUCUCUGAGUAGAUUGGCUGCCUGAGGUCACCAUUAGUUACUAUGUACACUGCAUCUAAGCAGACUCACACUGAUCUCCUGAAACGCCAAAAAUCGUGUAAGAACUGGAGUGCUGAAAUCCCUUUCAAGUGAUAGACAAGCACCAACACUUCCACCAGCACCCUUCAGCUUACCCCAGGCUGUCUGCAAUUCUAGUAAAUAUGUAAAUGCUGUCACAUUUAGGGUGCAGAAGAUGAGCAAAAAUUAGCCUUGUUGGGUGGGGAGGUCAACUUUCAAGCCCUUCCUGGAGCAAAGUGCCUUUGCACCACCCUGACGGUGCCACUGGGUUGCCAUAAUUUCACCCUCCACAGUUUUCAGGGUCCUUCAAUGCAACAGCUGCCCUGCUGGCCAUCAGUCUCCUAUCCCAGUGGCAACUUUAGGGACUGCUCUUAGGAUCAGCACCACUUGCUGAAACCAACACUCACUGGUGUUUCUGGCACACAAAUAGUUGUAGUGGAGAAUUCAGAUGAAAUCAGAGAAGACCUAAAUACUGCUGAGCAUGUUACAUGGCCUCUUAAAUGAACCAACUUAUCAUCCUUUUUCCAGUUUGCUGUGUAGAAACUAUUUUACUUCAGUAAACACACAAAGGCAUUUAUUUUGUGUAGCAGGCCAGCACAAACAUAUAAAAAAACUUAUAACAAUAGUAAAAGUGAGCAGUCCUAACUACACUCAGCAACACUGCCUCAACAUUUCUAUUGAAAAGAGCUCUUCCUAAC